AUGGGGAAGAGGUGGUGGGAAGCCCAGCACUACGCCUGCGGAGGGGAAGACACCAUCCGGCACCUGGUGCUGCCCUGGGUCCAGCUGGAGGACUCAGAAAACCAUCUGACCCGCAAGGACGUGGAUUGGGAGCGGGAGAAAAUGCCAGGCAAGCAGGCGGCGACGGAACGCAAGGCUGGAGGUGACGCAAAGAGAGACAAAGAUGGUAACCUUCAGGGUGAAGACGUGGACCUACAAGAUGGAGAUCUGUCAGCUGAAGAAAGAGAAUUUUUAGAACAGUUCUCUAAGUGGAAAAAGGAUCAAGAGGUGGUCAUUAAAGAGCUCUAUGCCCUUGCAGAAGACAUUGACGCAAACCACAAGACAAUGGUCAAGUCUAACGUGGCGGCCAGUUCUGCUGCCGUGGCCUCUGGGGUCAUGAGCCUCCUGGGCUUAGCCCUGGCUCCAGCCACUCUAGGAGCAAGCAUGAUGCUCACGGUGGCUGGCAGUGGUUUGGGCGCAGCAGCUGGGGUCGCCAGAAUUGUGACCGAUGUGUGGGAAGCAUACCGCAAUAGAAAAGCCCGAGCUCGGGCCAGCACCCUACUGCCCACCACUGACCAAGAGCUUGAGGAUACUGGGGGAAAGAAAACAUCUUAUGUCAUCAGCACUGGCCAGAUCGUCUACAAUUGCGGGAGCGCCGUGGACACCAUCAGGAAGCACGCCCGAGCUUUGCGGCUAGCCAGAGCCCACCCGCACUUGGCCACAUCUGCCAGGCGCCUCAUGACCACUGGCCAAGUGUCAACCCGAAGCACCAGGCAGGUGCAAAAGGCUUUCACGGGCACAGCCCUGGCCAUGACAAAGGAGGCCCGCAUGCGGGGAGGAGUGACAUCACUCUUGUCCCUUGGCCAUGACAUAGCUGCUCUCUCUGAGGAGUGGAAACAGCUGAAGGAAGGCACGAGGGCCGAGCUUGCAGAAGAGCUGCGGGCGCAUGCGCGGGAGCUGGAGGAGCUGGUGGGGGAAUGCACCCAGUAUUACAACAAGCUGUGGCAGAAGGUGAGGGUGACUCUCUGGAAGGAUCCCUAG